AUGGGCGACGAAGGUCAAUCGAUCAUGCACAUUGAUCCUCAGCUGGCUGCUAUGUCCGGUAGGCCUUCGACGGAGAGCUGGCUGGAGGGUGGGUCGAGCAAUGAGCCUGACUACCAAGUCGAGAAGAUCCUGAAGAAGGGGUUCACGGAGGAGGGCAAACGUGUCUUGUAUCUCGUGCGUUGGAAGGGCUACACAGAACAGUAUGACUCAUGGGAACCUCGUGAGAAUCUGCUGGUACGGGAACGUGAGCUGGUUGAUGAGCUCGAGGAACGUCUGAAGGAACUGCGACGGCAGCAGGCCGCGGAAGAGGACUCGGAUGACGAGUCGGACGACUUCAGCUCUGACGGAGAGUACAUUGACGAGGAAGCGGAGAAUGCGUACAGUAUGCCGCCAAACCCAAACAUCAAUGUCCUUGACCCAGAUUUAUGGUCUGAUGAGAGCGAAGAGGACGGUGAUGGGGAGGACGCAUUGAUGGGUAACACAUCCCUGCGCAGCGGAAUGAAACAGUUCGGCAGACAUGGAGACGAGGACGACGACUUCGAGAAUCUGCGGAAUGAUCUGCGCGUUGGCAAGGGAUUCAAACAAAAAGGAAAGCGAAAAGGACGCCGUGGACCACUUAUGUACCAGCCUUCAGUAGAAGUGGAAGGUCUUCUUGCUCGCGCCAACGAAUUCUGGAUUCAUCUGCACGACCCAGAUGCGGCACGUAAGAUCUUCCUGGAAAUCAUCCGGAUUGACCCACGCGUAGUCGCGGCUUACCAAACGCUUGGUACGAUCUACAUGGAUACGGGACGCCCCAAGGAAGCACUGGAUAUAUGGUUUCUAGGAGCGCAUCAUCAAUCGAGAAACAAUGAAGGUUGGGUGACCUGUGCUAAGCUCGCAACGCAGUUUGCGGAGGAAGAGACCGAGGAGAGGACAGAGACUCAGAGGGACCAUUACAGGAAGCAAGCAGCUUACUGUUAUUCCCGUAUCCUAUCUAAUAAGACGGGUGAUGUUGACGCGCUAUGGGAACGAUCUAUUCUUUUCCGUCAACUUGGAAAAACGCAAGCGGCUAUCACUGGAUUUAAGAGGCUGCUGGACCUUCUGCCGUAUGAUAUGAGUAUAUCGAGGGAGUUGGCGAGGAUAUACAGCGAAGAUGGCAAUUACAUUGAAACGAUCAAGCUCUAUGGAGAUUCAAUGCAGCAUUACAUGCAGUCCUCGACUAUAAAACCUGGGUCAAAGUUUGAUUUCUCCGAGUUAAAUAUCCUAGCAGAAGCUUACAUGGAAGAGGAGCGCUGGAGUGAAUGCAUUGAAAGGAUCAGGUCUGGUGCGCGCUGGCUUCGUGGCAGAAGAUCGGAGACCUGGUGGGAUGAGGUCGGCACCGAUUGCGAGUGGGACGUUGAUGAUGAACGAAGAAGAAAGGCGGUCGAGGUCAUCAACAGACGGAGUCGCAGGACAGUUGGUCUUAGAGACGGCAGGGACAUGUACUCUUUACCUGUGGAGCUGAAGAUUAAGCUGGGGCAGUGUCGGUUGAAGUUGGGCGAAUGGGAGGAAGGUUUGCAACACCUCCAAGUCCUGGAGGGGCUGGAUCCUGAGCAGUGGCAAGAACCUUUCCUGGCUGCUGCGGAUGCGUGUUUGGAAUUUGCGGAAAACUGCGAUGAUUCUGAGCCAGUCGAUGAGAUUGAUCCUGACCCCGAAGUGAUCACAGAGAACGAAGAAAGAGAGCGAAUCAAGGCGGCAGCAUACGACGCGAGUUGCAGCUUCUACCACGCGCUGAAUGAAUGUGAGGCCACGCGUGCUCCGGCGAACUACAUGGGACUGGGAAGAUGUUGUUUGGCCUUAAAGGAAUACGAGGAUGCGGAGAGUUGCUUUUCAGUUGUCUACACCAUGCUUCCGAAUGACAUCGAUUCACGCGUUCGUCUUGCUGAGAUGUACGAAUUGCUGGAUAGGAGAGAUGAAGCUCUGGCUCUUAUCAACGAUGUCAUUCGCAUUCGCAGCGAGGAAUUGGCGAAGCUGCCUGCAGAAGCACUCGAGAAAGUUGAGGAGGAAGAUGACGACGACGAACAUGCCAUCUUCAAGGUGACUGACAGGGUUCGCCCUAAUCGAUGGGGAUACAAGAGAAUGCGUCGACAGCUGGAGCGCCUCCGUGGUAUUAAGAUUCAAAACGAAGAGGCUCGUAUUGCGGCUACGAUCGAGCGCGGUAAAAAGCUUGACCUCAUCCGUGAGCAGAUGGAGGCGCACGAUCCCGUUGCUGUAGAGGAGUGGGUGAACACUGCCACCGAGCUUUGCGAGGAGUUUGCUUCCGUCAAGUCCUUCUAUCCUGGUGAAAGAUGGCAGAAGUUCAAGGGGUUGCGAUUCAUGCAGACCAAGAAGAAGGGUAUGAACGAGCGUUUGGAAAUGUUGGCACAUAGACUUCAAGAGUCUGCAGCUGGAGACGAUUCACAAACUGCUUGGGGAGAGGAUCCUGAGCGGUAUCCUACGGAGUUCAGAGGGAUGGCGUGGGAUAAGUGGUUGCACACAUUUCUGCAAUGUGCAGUGCUACUCGCAACGUACGGAGAUAUUCUGGAUGCGUACAAGAUCUUGGAUUCCGCAGUGGCAGCAAAUGUGUUUUACCAGAACAAAGAGCGGGAAGUACAAAUGCAUCUAGUGAGCUUAGCUUGUGCAAUUCGCGCCAAUGACGCGGAACGUGGUCAAGCGGCUGCAAGAUGGUUCUUGCAGAAAGAGAGUCACACCUUCGAUACUUUCAAGAUGUUCUAUGCCGCUAUCGGUACUGGUCAUGACAGUCUGGAUACCUUUGUCGCCGGACCUAGUCAGAAAUACUUCCUGCGUCUCGUCAGGCAAGUUGAUACCGUUUUGGACAACAAGCUCUCAUCAAAACCCAACAAGACUGCACUGCAACCGCCGAAGAAGAAUAUUACCAGGUACAACCCGUUCGCGUUGAUGACAUACGGGCAUAUGAUGGCCGGGAACAAGAGUUAUGUAGUUGCUUUGAAUUACUAUCUCCGCGCAUAUGCUAUUGGCCGCGAAGUCGGUGUCGUCGAUCCCAUGGUCUGCUUUUCGACCGCAGUGGCCUAUCUUGGCCAAGCCUUGAAGCGUCAGACCGACAACCGACAGUACCAGAUCAUUCAGGGUUUCAUGUUCUUGCUCAAAUAUUACGACAUUCGCAAGGAACAGGGACGUUUUGCACGCCUUGAAGCUGAGUACAACAUGGCCAGGGCGUACCAUCACUUGGGUCUAGGCCAUCUUGCUAUUCCUUGCUACGAGUCUGCGCUUCGUCUUUCUGACGAGCUGCACGAAGGGGUCAUGGAGAACACCCCUGAAGCAAAAGAACUUGAAAGGUUUGAUUUCAGGUGGGAAGCUGCAUACAAUCUGCAGCUGGUCUAUAUCGUUGCUGGAAAUAUGAAGUUGGCGAAGAAGGUUACAGAGAAAUAUCUGGUGUUGUGA